GCUCAGAUUUAUAACAGAAUGAAUGAAUGAUUCUUUGAAUUAGGAUAAAAGAUAAAUACUUAGUUUAGGUGAAAUUAAAAGGUUCUUUUAAUUUGUUUAAAUAAUAUUAUUAAUCUAUGAAAAUUAAAUGUAAAUUAAUUAGUUAUUAAAAUCCAAUAUGUCAAUUAUAAAAGUUCCUUUUAAAUUUAAAUCUGAAAUACAUAAUGAAUUGGAAAAAGAUUUUAUGAAGAUUAAUAUUAAUGGCGUUCCUAUAGAACAAAAUGAGAUUGAGAAAAAAUUAGAUGCUCUGUACGAAUGGAUUUGUAGUACACCAAAAACUAUUACCUAUAGAGUUAAUUUAUUACUGACCACGGCUGAACAAGUAAUAGAACAUUUAAAUGACGUGAUAUCGGAGCAGUAUGAAAAUCGUGUGCCAACAAUAACAACAUUCCCCCAUUUAUCAGAGAUAGUUACUGUACACAGUUGGGACGAGUCUAUAAAAUUAGAUUUAUCAAAGCAUUCGAAGGAAGUUAUUGUUGAUGCGGCAUGUGGAUCAGCUGUAUUAAGAGGUUCACAUGUAUAUGCUCCAGGAAUCUUAGGAAUUCCAAAUGGUUUAAAUGUAGGAGAUGUAGUAAGCGUAUUUGCAGAUAUUGUUGGUUGUACCAAGAAAGGAUUACUUAAACCAUCUGAAGUUGAUAAUGAAAAUAAAACAUUUUUGGGUAAUGGAAUUAUCAUGCAAACAAGAGAAAAUAUUUUCUGUAAUGGCGGACAAGUAAGGGGCGUUGCAAUAUAUAUGACUGAUGUAAUUUCUCGACUCCCACAAUUAAAUAAUAUUUCAGUACCGGAUGGGUGGGCAUUGUUACAAAAUUUACCAUCAAUUAUUUGUACUCGCGUUUUAAAUCCACAGCCUGGAGAAACAAUUCUUGAUAUGUGUUCAGCGCCAGGAAAUAAAAGUACACACAUUUCGUCCCUUAUGAAGGGAAAGGGUAUUCUAAUAGCUCUUGAUAGAAACAAAUCCAAAUCAGAAAAACUUAAAUUAAAUUGUAAUAAAUUUUCAAGCGGUAAUGUAAAAUGUUUUUGGUACAAUUCAAAAAAGGCUUAUAAUAAAUAUGCAGAUAAUUCGAAUAUUAACGAUGGACCACCAUUUAAAAAUGAUAGUUUUGAUCGUAUAUUAUUGGAUAGUCCAUGCAGUGCAUUAGGACAAAGACCACAACUUCUUAAUAAAAUUACUGCUGUACAACUUCGCUCGUAUGUGGCUUUACAAAGGAAACUAUUCUCAACGGCUGUUCAUCUUUUGAAACCAAAUGGAAUCUUAGUAUAUAGUACUUGUACUAUUACGAUAGCUGAGAACGAAGGUAUUAUCUCAUGGGCUCUAAAAACAUAUCCAUGUUUAAAAUUGAAUUCCAUUAGUGAUCAAUUAGAUUUCAUUAGAGACCAAACAAAAACAUUUUUUUCUAAAGGAUAUAGCAUUGAUGGAUUAACAGAGAAUGAAUCAGAAUGUUUACUUAGGAUGGGACCUGAACAGGAUAGUAUUGGCUUUUUUAUAGCAUCCUUUACUAAGCAAAUUAUGGAAGAAGUAUAACUAAAAUAAUUUUAUUAAAUUAAGUCGCGAGUUGCGUCCUUACUUUGAUUUUUAAAAUUUAUCGUCAUUCUUGAGCUUCAUUUGUCUGACAAUUUUCAUCUAAAACACCUUCACCACAAAGUAUACAUUUUUCUUCAUAAUUUGGUACAGUGGACAUUAUUUUCAAUAUCUCUAUUGAUGGUCCAAUAUUCCUAUUCAAAAGUUAUCUAAUAUUAUCUUCCAUCAAAUUCCUUACUUAAUGAAUCAAUUACUAAUGUAUGCGUACAUUUAUAUUUGUAUUGUAAAAAAAAAUAUAGAAUAUUUUACAAACCUUGGACUAAAACAUACUGUAAUUGGUAAAGUAUGUUUGCCAUUAAUAGGACAAGCAAGUAUUUCUCCCAUAAUAGGAUAAUAAUUAAAAUCUUCAUUGAAAUUACUUUUUUUGAUUUCAAUUUUACAUUUGUAAGCUGCAAUAUUACGUAUCUAUAUAUUCAUAGAGAGAAAGAGAGAGAGAUAGAGAGAGAAAGAGAAUUAGGGAAAAAAAUAAUUAAUAUAAUAAAAUUAAUACCAGACAAAUUUUCAACAUCCAAUAUAAAUUUUUUUUCUUCUCCGAUACAUACAUGUCCAAAAUUCAAACAUGGAGAAACUCGUAAUAAGGGUAAAUAAAUUUUUAGAAGCAACUUCAGUACCUAUAAUUUUUAUAAUUUAUAUUUUUAAUAUCAUUUGAAAAGCAAAAUAUGAAAUAUUUUUAUAUUUUGUUCAUAUUAAUUACCUGACUACUGUUAUCAGUAUAUAUAAUACGUAACUGUCCUGUAUUAAACCAAUUAUUUGUACGUUUUGAAAAUCCUGGUUCAUAUCGUGAGAUUAUAUUUUUUUUCGUUUCUAUUAUCUCUUCAAUUAGCUUAGCAUUUACUGAACAAGCAACAUGUACCUGAAAUAAUAUAUGUAAAUUCGUUGAUGUGCACUAUUUACAAAAAUUUUGCUAACUAACUUUGAUAGAAUUCCAUCCAUCUAUGCAUAUACUUUUUACAAAAUUAUGUAUAUUAUUUAUUUUACAAUGACUAUCGAUAUAAUCUAUUGUAAAUGGAUCAUUUACUUCAAAUUUUGCAAUUAUCGGGCUUUCUCCUUUAUUAUAAAAUACGUAAGUUUUAUUAAUCCUGUAAUUUAUCAGAUAAAAUUUUAAUUCAUAAUUAUCGAAAAUCCUUUUUAAAUAAAAAAAAAAAA